AUGGCCCCGGCACUCCUGAACUACCUGGGCUUUGGCGGCAGUGCUGCUGCUGCUGAAGACGAGAAGAGCUCCGUCCGAGCCCUGCCUGCACCAUGGUACACUUCCGAGGAGAUGUACCAGCUCGAAAGACGAGCCAUCUUUUCGAGACGAUGGCUCCUCACCACACAUCAAAACAGACUGAAGCAAGCUGGUGACUGGCUGCGUUAUGAGAUUGCUGGCUUCAAUAUUAUCAUCUCUAAAGACCGCCAUGGAAAUAUCAACGCCUUUCACAACGUCUGCAGACAUCGUGCCUACCCCGUCGUCGACGAGGAGAAGGGCACGUCAAAGAUCUUCAGCUGCAGAUACCAUGGAUGGUCGUACGGACUCGACGGCAAGCUCGCCAAAGCUCCCGGAUACCAGGACCUCCCAAGCUUCGACAAGACCCAGAACGGUCUCUUCACCAUUCACGUGCACAUUGACAUCAACGGCUUCAUCUGGAUCAAUCUCGAUGGCAAGGAGAAGCCCGAGGUGCCGUGGGAAGAAGAUCUCGGGGGUGCCGACUCUCAAGAACGGCUUCGACAGUUCCAGUGGGACCAAUACGAAUUCGAUCACGUCUGGGAGAUUGACGCCGCAUACAACUGGAAGAUAGCAGCCGACAACUACAACGAAUGCUAUCACUGCAAAACAACUCAUCCCGAUAUCCCCACCGUUGCAGACCUCGCAUCCUACAGUGUCAAUGUGCAACGUGCGUGGAUUCAGCACAACGGCGCCACGACAGCCGAGCAGAGAGAGAGAGGAUUGACUGUCUGCGCCACGUACUUUUGGCCUAAUGCCUCAUUUAAUGUUUCACCUCAUUUCUUCUUCACGCAGCGCUUUGUCCCUCGCGGACCCAACAGGACUCUUGUCCGAUACGAGGUGUUCCGCAACAAGAACUCGUCCGAGGAAGAUUUCCAGCUGAUCAACAACAUUUACAAGCGCAUCAUGUCGGAAGACAAGGUUCUGUGCGACGCAGCACAGAAGAACAUCAACACAGGUGUGUUCGUGAACGGCGAGAUGCAUCCCGUCAUGGAAAAAGGUCCUCUUUACUUCCAGAAGCUUGUCCGCGAAGCUGUGACGGAACAUCACAAGCGCGAGCAAGCUGCCAGAACCGAGAUCUGGCCUGCCCGCCAGAAUCUCCCCACCAGUGCUCUGGUGACCAAGAAGGACAUCGACUUCUGCUCUGGUCUUGCCUGUUCCACCAACCAGGAAGGCCUGGUUUGGUAA